AGGGAUUGGCAGAGAGGGGUGGAGGACACUGAGUGGAGGGCAGUGGAGGGAUUGGCAGAGAGGGGUGGAGGACACUGAGUGGAGGUCAGUAGGAGGGAUUGGCAGAGAGGGGUGGAGGACACUGAGUGGAGGCCAGUGGAGGGAUUGGCAGAGAGGGAUGGAGGAUACUGAGUGGAGGCCAGGCCAGUGGAGGAUUGGCAGAGAGGGAUGGAGGAUACUGAGUGGAGGCCAGUGGAGGGAUUGGCAGAGAUGGGGUGGAGGACACUGAAUGGAGGCCAGUGGAGCGGGAUUGGCAGAGAGGGGUGGAGGACACUGAGGUGGAGGCCAGUGGAGGGAUUGGCAGAGAGGGGUGAAGGAUACAGAAUGACGUGGCGGAGGUUGGAGGAAGGGGCGGAGGUUGGAGAUUGGAUAGAUCUUGGGGGGGGGGGGGGGGCAGGGGCUGGGGGAAGACUAAGAGCUCAGGUUUGGAAAGAUUGAGCUCAGGUUUGAGGA